AGUGUUAACUCUUUCGACCUGGCUGUUUUCUACUUGAAUUUUAUUCGUUUCUCUUUUAGAAAUGAUGUUCAUUUUUUUUUAAUGUUCCUGUGAAUUUCAAAAGUAAUCUGGCCAACAGGAUACUGGAACAUUCCUGUCCCAUUAAGGUCAAAAGGGUUAAGGGAUGUGAAACAAUAACGACAUCGUUUUAUAAAGAUAAUUACAACUCGUUCAUACUGUUUGAAUGAUUUCGUUUAGUUGAAAGUUUCAAGUUGAAACCAGUCGAAACGCGACUGGUAAAGAAAUAACUCGUAGUUAUCGGGUGGUAAUAGUUGUCAGUUCGGAACUUGACCACAUAGCGCCACUCGUAAUCGACGGAGAACGUCGCCUGCCGUAGAGUACACCCAGGCCAGGCGAAAAGGCGUCAAAAAGUUUGCGAAUUUUCGUGUGUCUGGGGCUGACGGUGGGUGCCGUAUUGUUGCGUUGCCGCGGAUUGUCGCGUCUCGCGCGUGUGUGCGUACGUGCGUGACACGUACGAGGCGUGUACUUUUCCGGGGUGCGGUGCGUUCGCACGAACGAAAAAUCGUGAGGGAUCCUCGGAUCUUAAUAUGCUCGAAGGAUCGGCCAAGUUCAGGAAAAAGAGGUGCUCCGCCUGAAGAGAGUGCACGGAGCUGCGCGCAUGCUUCCGUACCUGCUCCCUCGCCAUUUUGGAGAUAGAAUGUUAAAUUUUGGAAUGGACUGACAAAGGAUUAAGCAAGAUCAUAAAAUUUCAAGUAGAAGAUUGAAAGGCUUGGAAGACGUCUAACGGUGUCUGAAAUAGGCCUCGGCCAUUUAGUUAUUAACACCUUUACUAUGCCAGCUGUUCCAAGGCCUGGUAGCCUUAAGGACCCAGAGAUCGCUGAAUUAUUUGAGAAAAAUGAUCCGGAGAAAAUAUUUGAGGACUUGCGCGAAAUCGGGCAUGGCAGUUUUGGAGCUGUUUACUAUGCACGAUGCUUGGUUACCAAAGAAAUUGUUGCCAUCAAGAAAAUGUCGUACUUGGGGAAGCAAACUGUCGAAAAAUGGCAAGAUAUCUUGAAGGAAAUUCGAUUUCUUAGGCAACUACAUCACCCUAAUACGAUAGAGUAUAAAGGUUGUUAUCUCAGGGACCACACUGCUUGGCUGGUAAUGGAAUAUUGCCUUGGAUCUGCAUCAGAUAUUAUCGAAGUUCAUAAAAGACCUUUAAAAGAAGACGAGAUAGCCGCAAUUUGCGAAGGUGUGCUACGCGGUUUGCAUUACCUUCAUAAUCUUGGAAGAAUUCACCGAGAUGUAAAGGCAGGAAAUAUUUUACUUACCGAGAAUGGAACGGUAAAAUUAGCAGAUUUUGGAUCUGCCAGUAUAAAAUGUCCAGCAAAUAGCUUUGUAGGAACUCCUUACUGGAUGGCACCAGAAGUGAUAUUAGCUAUGGAUGAAGGCCAGUAUGAUGGAAAAGUAGAUGUAUGGUCUUUGGGAAUAACGUGUAUUGAAUUAGCAGAGCGGAAGCCACCGUAUUUUAACAUGAAUGCUAUGAGUGCUCUGUAUCAUAUUGCUCAGAAUGAUACUCCAACUCUGAAUUCGCCAGAUUGGUCAGACGUUUUUCGUCACUUUGUUGAAGUCUGUCUUACCAAAAGUCCAACAGAAAGGCCAGCCUCUGGUAGAUUGUUAUCGCAUCAAUUUGUCACCAGAACACCUUCUCCUCAAGUUUUGAUAGAUUUAAUUCAGAGAACAAAAGCUGCUGUGAGGGAAUUGGAUAAUUUGAAUUAUCGGAAAAUGAAGAAGAUACUAAUGAUCGACGCUUGCGAGACUGAAAGUACAGUUGGUGAUGCUGAUGAUACACCUGAUGAACAAACAGGUGGUGACAGUAGCAAGAGUAAUUCAAUUACCUCUGAGCAUUCGAUUCAUUCGAUGGGUGUUUCUGCAAGUUCUCAAAGUUCCUCCACUAACAGCCUGCCACUGCCAAACGCUGAUGCAAAUGAUUAUUCCACUGGAUCUGUACGAAAUCGGCAUAAAAUAUCAGCAGGUGGUGUUACUGCCAACCUUCUUGAACACGGUGCCAAUAACUUUGCAACAAUUAGGACGACAUCGAUUGUGACUAAGCAACAAAAAGAACAUAUGCAAGAAGAAAUGCAUGAACAAAUGAGUGGAUACAAAAGAAUGAGACGAGAACAUCAAGGUGCUUUGGUGAAAUUAGAAGAGCGUUGUAAAAUGGAAAUGGAAUCGCAUAAACAAUUACUAGACAAAGAAUAUGAAACUCUUUUGCAACAAUUUAGUAAAGAAUUGGAGAAACUUCAAUUAAGGCAUUUGCAAGAAUUAGAGCGUAAACUUAAACAAAACCAAAAUGCGGAAAAGAAGCUUCAAAAAGAAAUUACAAGUAGACAAGAGGCUGAUCGGAAAGCAUUAGAAGCACAGCAAAAGAAACAGUACAAAGCUUAUAAAGAGAGAUGGAAAAAAGAAUUGUCUCAAGAUGAAGUUACUCCAAAACGACAACGAGAUGCUACACUUCAAACUCAAAAACAUAAUUUACGACAGAUGGAAGCGCAAGAAGAACAACGACUUGCAAGAGGGCAAAGAGAAUAUCUCGAUUUAGAAAUUCGUAAAUUCCGCAGAAAAAAGUUGCUUAUUUUUCAUAGUUUGGAGCAAGAACUACUUCGAGAAGAAUUAAAUAAGAGGCAACAGCAAUUAGAGCAAGCACAUGCUAUGUUGUUACGUCAUCAUGAAAAGACACAAGAACUAGAGUAUAGACAACAAAGAGCUGUUCAUGCUCUUCGAGAAGAUCAAGUUCAUCGGCAACACACGACUGAACUUUCUAAUCAACAAGAUUAUAUGAAUAGGGCGGAGCGCGAUUUGCGUAAGAAACACGCAUUGGAGCUCAAGCAACAACCGAAGAGUCUCAAACAAAAGGAAAUGCAGAUUCGAAAACAAUUUAGAGAGACGUGUAAAAUACAAACACUGCAAUAUAAGGCAUUGAAAGCUCAAAUAUUACAAACCACAGUAAAAGAAGAACAAAAGGCGGUUAUUAAAAAAUUAAAAGAGGAGCAAAGAAGAAAGUUAGCUUUGUUAGGUGACCAGUACGAACAAAGUAUUGCCGAAAUGCUUCAAAAACAAAGUAUACGUUUAGAUGAAUCGCAAGAAGUUGAAUGUCAUAAUCUUAAGGAAAGAUUGAAUUACGAACUAGAAAUUCUAAUGGCAUAUCAAUCUAAGAACAAAAUGCAAGCUGAGGCGCAAAGAAAUCGGGAACGUCGCGAAUUAGAAGAUCGAGUAUCAGUCAGGCGAGCUUUGCUUGAACAAAAAAUGGAAGUUGAAACUCAGGAAUUUCUGCGAGAACGUAGUGAACGGAUACGUCUACUACAUGAAAGACAGGAACGUGAAUUACAACAAUUUGACGAGGAAAGUGCAAGAAUAGGAUUCAGUGCUCUGGCGAUAGCUGAGGCAUCAAAAGAAUCUUACCCAGACGAUGAAAGCCUUAGUGGCUCAAUGUUAAGUCUGGCUCACAGUAAUAGUUCUACAUCCUUCCCCCCUAAUAGUCUUUAAUUUUAAUCAUAAUAAUAGAAUAUGUAUGUAUGUACGUUUGCCUGUAGUGAGUGCAUAAUGAGUCUACCGACGUUUAAUUCAAUGACUUACAUACAUAGCAGAAGUUGGCUCGUUUCGUGCAUUGAUUCAAACCUAAGAGGUUUGUUAGGGUUGGGAAUGUGUAUUGGACUGAAAUUAAUGUAACAGCAUAUUUUUUAAUUAUCAAAAUAUGUCAACGUGAUCUAUCUGGAAAGAGAGCUUCAUAUUGAAGAAGAACUUAGAUGCUUUUUGCAACGUUGUAAUAUUUAUUAACCAUAUCCAAAUACCUUGUGAAGUAAAUAGAAGUAAAGAAGAUAAACCUUUUAAGUAUCAGUCUUAUCUACUAUACUGAACAAAAUGAGUCUUAACGUUCUUGGGCUUAAAGUAAGUCAGCUAUUAUAGCAUACGGAAAAUUUUAUAUGCGAUUACAGAAAAUGUUUAGAUACAUUUAUUUAUCACUAUCUUGCAAUUAUAAUAAAAAAAAAAAAACAGUAUAAUCAUAAUGCUUGAAUUAUAUGUUUGAUUUUGACUGAUUGAAGAUUUGAAAUAAGAGCAACGCGGAACAAUAUUUUCGGUAAGAUUCUAACCUAUCGAAGGUUUAGUAUUAAUUGAUCUUAUCGAUAAUUGCAUGUGUUGACCUUCUAAGUCUUAUUUCAAGCUUUCAGUAACACUUAGUCUGAUACAACAAAAGCUAAGUGAGUCGAUCUAUUUAUUUAAUUGCAUUCUUAAUGCAAUCAUUAAAUUUACAAAACGACAAACUAAUGAAAAUUUAUCUACAGUAUCCUAUGUUAUAGUUAUGAUAUUACAUUCAUAUUAGUGAAUAUUCGUUAUUUCAAUGAGAGAUUAAAUUCUAAAAUUGAAAAACACUUUUUUACUAUUUUAUACAAUUUGUUUUACAUUAUUAAGAAGGAAUGUCAAUAUCAAAAAUUAAAUUAAUAAUAAAAUUAUUGUUGAAUUACCAAAAUAUGACAGUGUACAUUUCAAAUUCCUUUCAACAUUGAUCUUCAUCUAACAUUUUUUUAAUCGAGAAAUUGGUAUAUACUUUUGAAAUAGUAAAUACUCUGAUAAACAUGAAACAAAAAUGUUUCUUGUAUUAAAUUUGUAAGAAAAAUGUAAAACAUGUGUAGAAUUGAUUUUAUUUGUUUCCUAUGUUCUAAUAGAUUGAUCUUUAAAGAUACAAUUUCAACAACUUAGUAUUUAAUAAAAGCAGUAUCAUCCUAUAAAUAUUUACUAUAUUUAGCACACAUCUCAGUUUAAGUCAUGCAUUUGUUCAAAAUACAGGUAAUGAAUAAAACAAAUGCCAUUGUUAUUUAUGUAUUGUGAUUUUAAAUUAUAGAUUAAAAAAUUGUUUAAAGAAAAGUAUUUUAUUAUUGCAUUCAAGGACUCAUUUGAUUUUGCUCGUCAUAAAUCAGAAAUUUAUACAUACCAUUACCUUAACUUGCCAAAAUGAAUCUGCAAACAUUAUUCUAGUCUGAAUGUUGCUUCCAGUAUACCACAAAUCUUUUAUGUUAAUAAUUUUGCAGGUAUCAGUAUGGUACUUCUAACUUCACUAUUUAUUAGAAAGGUUAUAAUAUAGCAUUAUUAUUAUUCUGCUGAUACUAUCAUUUCAGUUAUAUUCUGUUGUGAUUAUCUGAAGUUUCCAUCCAGUACACAUCCCAAUGUUGUACUCUUAUAAUGUAGUAUCUAAUUUGUUUCUUUCUUUCUUUUUUCAUUUAAUACAUUUCCAUGUACUUUUCCGUUUUAUAUAUAUUCAUCUUCGCUAUGAAGUAUUAAAUUUGAAAUCAGAUUGUGA